ACCGUUCCGUUCCCGUGCCAGCGUGCCGUUCCCCACGUCUCGUCGAGUUCCGACAUUCUCCGCCAGGCCGCGAGACGAUACUGGCUGCGCGUCUACAAACAAGACUGGCCUGGCCCGAAGGCACCAAGUGCCCGAAGCCCCGAAGAAGUUAUCGGGCUUUCGUUGUGCUUGUUGAGCGCUCGGAAUGUGUGUGUUGUCCCGCACGGAUAUAUCUCUAUAACGCCGGACAUUACUUAGGAAUGGAUGCAAGGAUGACUUCCAAAUGCACUACAAGGAUGUGUGAUUGAAGCUGUGUGUUUCCCGGCCAGCGUGGAUCGCAGUUUUUCUUGCGGAGGUGUUUUGUGAGGUGGGGUUCGGGAGACCCACCGACCCUUGUCAAGUGCUAUCAUGGCAAAUCAGCCAACCAGACGGAAUGGCACCAUGAAAAUUCGGCUCACGAUCCUGUGCGCCAAGAACCUGUGCAAGAAGGAUUUUUUCCGACUGCCAGAUCCUUUCUGCAAGGUUAGUGUAGACGGAUCUGGCCAGUGUCAUUCCACAGAAGCCUGCAAGAACACCCUGGACCCAAAAUGGAACCAGCAUUACGACCUGUAUAUGGGGAAGUGCGACUCCAUUACGAUCAGCGUCUGGAAUAACAAAAAGGUCCAGAAGAAGCAAGGAGCAGGUUUUCUGGGCUGCGUCCGUAUCAUGGCAAAUGCCAUCCAGCAACUCAAGGAUACUGGAUACCAGAGGCUAGACUUAACCAGGAGUAGCGUUGGAGAUGAGACCGAUCCGAUCAAAGGACAGAUCGUCGUGAGCCUCAUGUCACGCGACGGUCACGGACUUGGCAGUCAGAACGUCGUGGUGGACAGCCUGGGGAUCCUCACCUUUCCCUGCGACCUUCCUGAAGGCUGGGAGCAAAGGCGUACUGUCUCUGGGAGGGUGUACUACGUUAAUCACUGGAGUCGCUCCACACAGUGGGAGAAGCCGGUCAGGCCAGCGCAUGAACCAACCCUGAGCAGCGAACUAAGCAGCACAAGUGGCAACCUCCAACAUGCCAGCAACAACAGCAAUGGAGCGUCUGUUUCAUCUGGAAGCCGAGCGCAUCGCAAUUCUCUUCCUCCUCCUCCGCCGUCUCUGCACGAAGAAGGCGGAUCUGUUCCGCCUCCUCCAGCCAACGAAUCUAUACCACCAAAUGCACGUAGGAGGUCAACCAGGCAUCGAAACUAUUUGGCUAGAAACCAACUUCACAGGGUUGCAGACUUACCGGAGGGAUAUGAGAUGCGUACCACGCAGCAGGGCCAGGUGUACUUCUAUCAUGUGGGAACUGGUGUAAGCACAUGGCACGACCCUCGUGUGCCUCGUGACAUUUCUGCCUUAGAUCUGGAUGCCCUGGGGCCUCUGCCUUCAGGAUGGGAAAUGCGCAGCACACCGAGCGGCAGGGUGUAUUACGUGGACCACAACAACCGCACCACUCAGUUCACCGACCCCAGACUCUCGACCGGUGCCGCAAACUUACUCAAGAGGCCUCUCCCACCAAACAAUUCAGCACCUUCAUCCCAUAGCCCCUCGUCUCCCCCUUCCAGUGCACCCCCACCUGCACUCCCUCCAUUGCCCCCACCUCCCCAACAUGAACCAAGCAGUCCCCCACCCAUAUCCCCCAUCAACGUGAGUGGGUUGCCACUGAUACCCACGUCGAUGACGACAGCCAAUAACCAGAGGAACACGACACCUUCCACGACUGCGAGUAACGGUACAACGGGGGAAGAAGGGACCAUCAUUCUGGAACCUCGUGCACCAUCGCCCGAGCCUUCACCCUUACCCAAGUAUAAACGGGAUCUGGUGCAGAAGCUGACUGCACUCAGACAGGAGCUGCAGACGGCGCAACCGCAGUCUGGUCACUGUCGGCUAGAAGUGUCGCGGGAGGACAUUUUUGAAGAGUCCUAUAGACUGAUCAUGAAAAUGAGGCCGAAGGAUCUGAAGAAAAGGCUCAUGGUGAAGUUCCGUGGUGAAGAGGGCCUCGACUAUGGUGGAGUAGCGAGGGAGUGGCUGUACCUGCUGUCACACGAGAUGCUGAACCCAUACUACGGCCUCUUCCAGUACACUAGGGAUGACAUCUACACAUUACAGAUCAACCCAGAUUCAUCAGUCAAUCCAGAACACUUGUCGUACUUCCACUUUGUGGGACGUGUGAUUGGUCUGGCUGUAUUUCAUGGCCACUACAUCGAUGGUGGAUUCACGCUUCCUUUUUACAAAAUGCUGCUCAACAAACCCAUUACUCUGGACGACAUCGAAGCUGUUGACCCUGACCUGCAUCGUUCACUCACCUGGAUGCUCGAUAAUGAUAUCUCCGAUGUGCUGGACAACACUUUCUGCGUUGAACAUGAUGCCUUUGGCCAGCUCCAAGUACAUGAGCUGAAGCCUGGUGGAAAAGACAUUUCGGUGACUGAAGACAACAAGAAGGAAUACGUUAGGUUGUUUGUGAACUUCCGAUUUAUGCAAGGUAUCGAACAGCAGUUUCUGGCGCUGCAGAAAGGGUUCAGUGAACUGAUCCAUCCGCAUUUACUGAAGGCCUUUGACGAAAAAGAACUGGAGCUUGUGAUAGGAGGCUUAGGCAAGAUUGACUUAGAGGACUGGAAAAACCACACGCGUCUGAAGCACUGUACAGCAGAUACAAAUGUGGUCCAGUGGUUCUGGCGCGCUGUCGAUUCGUACGGAGAAGAGAGACGUGCCCGUCUCUUGCAGUUUGUCACAGGGAGCUCUCGGGUACCCCUUCAAGGGUUCAAGGCAUUGCAAGGUUCUACAGGUGCGGCAGGUCCGAGGCUAUUCACGAUUCAUCUUGUAGAUGCAAAUACGGACAAUCUGCCAAAAGCUCACACGUGUUUCAACCGUAUCGACCUGCCACCGUACGAAAAUUACGAGAAACUAGUAGACAAGUUAACCCAAGCCAUCGAAGAAACGUGCGGCUUUGCCGUGGAGUGAUUGAACCGUGUGCUUCAGAACUAUGAGUGACCAUCAAAACUAUAGUAGUCUCCUUCACAGACCUUGUGUGCAUCCCAUACUCCAUUCCUGCCAUGAGUCCAGCCUUUCACCUGUGCUGCACAAAGUUUAUAUUUAUUGUUGGUGAUUGUUGCGCUGAAGGUGUGAGUUUUGUGUGAGGAUGUGAAAAUCAAUGUCCUUCUCACAAUGGCAUCAGGAGCUGGGUCUCGGGUUGUCUCACAUGAUAGGCUUUUGUUGUUUCCACCCUGGGACGACCAGAAAGUAAGUUUCCCGAGAUUGUGAAAUGGCAGGAAAAUUGAAAACUGUCAAGUAGAAUGUAUGGAGGCCUACGAUGCAAGUAAAUGUAAAACUGCGUUACUGCGAGCUACUUUAUUUUUAGCAGCCUUUCUCAGUGCAGUGCAAUCCUGUGAAUUCCAACUCGAAGGGAACUUUGAACUAAGUUGAGCUGCUCUGAAUGAAUGGCUCGAUGCACUCACAGCACAUACUAGGUGCAUGGGAGACGUGGCGUGACUCGCAUUGCCGGAAAUAUAAGAGACUCAUUUGUUCUAAAAUACUUACGCAAGGAUCAAAACAUCUCAGUGUAGGAAAUAAUCUGUUAUACGUGGUUGCGUUGGUUUCUUCAGCCUAGCUCAAUCACAAACCCCGCGAAGACGAAUAUCGCCAACCCAUUAUAUCAGCACCUUUCUUGUUGGUUAUGUAGUCACCAGGACAGGUCUUGAUCCCCUCAAAACAGUGAGGCUUACUUGCUUUGCCGACCACGAGCAAGCGGCAUUGUCCGUUAAGAUGAUUCAUUCCUCGUUUCUCUUUCCUCUGGUAUCACUUUUAUGAGUAAUGGUCGCUUUAUGACAAUAAGUAAACUGAACACUUAAAGGGGCACUAAAAGAUAAGUAUGUGCGCGCUUCUUCUCAUUGGAUGCCGCCAAUCUUUGCCUCCUGGGGAUCCCAUUGGUUGCCACCAAAGAUGGCUCUGUUGUCAUUGCGGUUUUCUUCUAAACGGUAGCGCUGUGUGAGCUAAUUUUGCUCGCAUUAUGCUAAUUGAAAGACUGACUUUCAUUUGAGGGCAAGUUGUUUUUGCAUUUUAGUACCCCUUUAAAGGGAUUGGAACACUUCCGUAGAUGCGGUUCAUUAAAUCUUGGCCACAUUGUGCAGCAUGCCAGAAUACUAAGGGAAAAAGAAUUCUUCUUCUACGUGUCGUACUUAGGGAGAUACAAGCCCUCAAACACAUUCCCGAGCACAGCGCAGACACGACAGAGCUCCGAGUUGCAUCUAUUCCCAUUGGCAGCCGUUAGUAGGUGACCUCUCGUGCACUGCUUCACAGUCUGUCACAUUUGGGCCGAUGUGUAAUCAGGAGUCAAGCGUAGCUUUGCAAUCUCGUUCGAAUAAACCAUUACACACAUUCAUAUGUUUGAAUUACGAGGCAUUUUCCCCCAAUUGAAAUACACCUAACGUUGAUGGGACCAGAGCACCAAUUUGAAUUAAGAGGUUUUGGAUUAAUGAGGUCUCUGUACACAAUCAUUAAAGGUAAAAAGGUGGUUUGAGGCGAGCCAUGAGCAACAGAACUAGAUUGUCACUUGCUUUCCUAAUCACAUAUAUAGUUUGCUUUCCUCUGUAGUAACUAAGAGCUAAAAAUAAGUAAAAGUACUAAUAGCUUUCUUUCUAAAAUGUGAUUCUUUCCUCUAGUCACUACUGCUAGGCUUACUUAUCAUGUGACAACUUGAUUCAACCCCAGUGCCAUUGUGUAUUUUGUGUGUCAUCCAGUUUGCUGUCGAUGGACGUGUCCUCUAUAUUGACUCGAAUGUUAUUUCUUCUGUGGACUCAGCAGAUUCAAAGCAACCGUAGUUGGAGGAAAGUACAUUUUAAGAUCUACUAAUUGGUAUUACAGUCACCACCAUCAUUUGUCUGUGCCUGCCGUAGAAGAAAGUAACGUUCCCCUUUGUUACGUUUUAAACUGUAUCGUCGCCAUGUCUGCUUUUAUACCUUGCAUUAACGGGGGAACUAGUCUUUGUGUCAUGUUACAAAACAAAUGGAAGUGCCAAGCAAUUUGCAUUACAGUCACAAGAAAACUUUUUGUAAACAAGUUAGGCCAUAAAUGCAACCACAGAGUGGAUUCUGUGGUGUAAUAAGUAGGGUUUCAAAAGUCAUUUUCAAGUCUUCCGCAGAUAUACCUGUCACUGCACGGAAACUCUAAGGAUGUAUGCGUUAAUAUGACCCUGAUGGAAGCACAAAAAUUAGAUUUCACCCUGGCUUGUACAGCAAAAAGUAAAUGGCUAUGUCAGUUCUUAAACAAACACAAUUUCGCUGCACAACAUGCAUGGUUGGCUGGGAUGUACUCUCUGAUGCACGUUGCAGCCAUGUUGAAAUUUACGAGUUUUUUCGACCCAUAGAAAUGUACUCGCUGCUAUUAAGUAAAAAUAUCUGACUGAGGUCAAACUAACCAGAGUCUACUGUAAGAUAUAAAUGUGAUAUCUGUGCUUCUAUUGCAUUCAGAAAGGGCAACAAUGGGCACUCCAGAUUGGUAUAGCCUAGUUUAAUUGCUCAAGUUUGACUCCUCACAUAACUUGCAACAUUUUCUCGCAUUUCCUUUCCAGAAAGGACGUACCUAUUUAUUGUAUAGGGAUUUCUACACCCUAGUAGGCAUAACUGAUCUUGACUACUAACAAUACACGUGGAACAUGUUCACUUUGAGUAGGGCAAUUUUUUUUUGCAAAUGUACAUAGUUAUACAUAGAAAGAGACAGAGCCUUGAGGCGGUUGCAGCAUUUAGCUGACGAAGGGUAAAUCGUCGAUGUACAUAAUAACGAAGAGGUAGUUGUACAUAGCACCAGAUGAGUUGGGGCUGCGGAAACAAAAUUUGCUAGUUCUUUCGCAAAUUUCUUAGCCUCUGAAACUGUUCUCUCUCUUUGUUUUUGAGAGAUUGUUUAGUGCCUUGUAUUUGUAAUGAUAGACAACUCACCCACAUUCUGGUAGGCGUGAUAUCACUGUGACGCACGAAAGGCUGUGUUCGUUGCACUGUAUUGAGUCAACCGUAAUGCUGUUCCUUUGUUGUUUGCUCGUAUAUUUAGUGUAUAAAUUAAGCUAGUCUGCCUUUUUUUUACCGCAGCUCAUAUCCAUCAGCACGCAGGUAUUUUUCUCAGUAAAACGAUUGCACUCAAGUGCACCAGAUAUGCCUUGCCCAUAUGUUGUUGGCUCUGAACAUUUUGUUUACAAAACUGCUCAACAGCUGUGUGUGAGGCAGUGGGCACUAAUACGUCUGAAUGUGGGAACAGUGCACAAAAUUUCACUAACAAAGCAUUGAGCUUGCCUCUGUUUUGUUUGGCUUCAUUUUGUUAAAGGAAUUUUGAGUCUUCCAUGUACGCUUUAAUCACAUCUCCCAGAUCUCAGAAGGUUUUUCUGUCAUGUCACACCUAUUAGACUAUAACUUCUGUCUAUACUAUGCAAGGCGAUCGUCCAUUGGGCGCCGUUCAUAUGUUCUUGAAUGGAGUUUGACACAUUCCAUAGAUAAGUGUAUUUCUGCUUAUCAGGUCCUUUCCAUAGAUAGGUAGACUUUCUUUUGUAUGAGACUCUCUAGGAAUUAUAGCUAGAAGAAAAAUGUGUAGAGGAUUGUGUAUCAUAUGCGUCAUUACAGACCCUAAAUUCUUUGUCACCAGUAUACCUCCAGAUUUGACUACAUUUGCCUGUAUUGCCUGUGACGGAACACUUGCGUUUGUACAGCUAACAUCUCGUGAUACCAUUCUUGUUUCCUGAUGUAUGAGAAAGGUGUGUUGCUUUUGGAAUGACUGACGGGGAGUUUUGAAACCCCCAUUGUAUUUUUUAUGACGUUGCUGCAUCGAAUAAAGUGCAAAAAUGAA